AUGUCUUCUCAGUCGACAGAUGUGAAUGUCAAGUUGACAUAUCUCCAAUGGCAGUCUAUCUACAACGAUACACGACCGUAUCGCAUCGCCCAAUUCGGCCGUAAAAAGAAAAACGCACAGAAGCCGGUACACAAUCUGAUAUUUCAGAAAGGGGACAGCGAAGAACUUAUUCGAGAUAUUCGGGGGACAAAGGAACAGGGCGGGGAGUUCAGUCUUGAGAUGAAUGGGUUCGUUUAUCGCAAGUAUCCAUCAUCAUCAAUGGGGCCCAGCGAUUUCUGGAAUGCAGAACAGGUCGAGAAGGUCUUCUUGCCUGAAUGUGAAGCUAUCAUAAGGAAUGAGAUCAAGGGAGUGGAUCAGGUUUACAUCUUUGACUGGAAGCUAAGGAAGAAGAAAAGCGCAAAAGACCGGCAGGCUAAAAAUCGAAAAUUGCUCAGCCGAGCUCGACAAGUCCACGUAGACACGCUCCUAACUGUAGAUCAACCCCAAACACCCACGAUGGAACGCAUCCGCAGCCAUCUCCCUGAACAGGCCCAGCACCUUCUCUCUGGCCGAGUGCAAAUGAUAAACAUCUGGCGGCCAAUUAAUGGCCCAGUUGAAGAAUGUCCCAUUGCUGUUUGCGAUGGACGUUCUGUUGAUACAUCGAGGUUAAUUGGGGUAGAUAUCACCCGCGGCCACUAUACAGGCACAGUACAGUAUGCACUAUAUGAUUCGACGAAGCCGUUUCAUUGGUACUAUAUGAGUAGGCAGAGUGACAAAGACAUUCUAUUAUUCAAAAGUUUUGACUCAAGGGAGGGGAGUAUGUCCCACAUACAUCCUUUCCACUACCAGAGACACUAA